AUGCCACUCAAAUCUAUCGCUAAUCUUCCAAAGAAGAGCGCCUGGAUUAGUCACAUCCAUCGAAGGAGAAAAGUUACCUCAUUAAUUGAACUUCAGCAGAACUCGUUUGAUGAAAAUUUGCCGCUUCCACGUACUCUGAGUGUGGAGGACUUACUCGGAAACUCGGACGACGAAGAGCCAUGUUUGCGAGAACGCAUUGGUGUAGGCACGUACUCUGAUGUGUACAAAUGUCGGAAGAGUUGCAGCGGCGAAAUAUAUGCAAAUAAAGUUAUUAAAAUGAAUGAAGAGGAGGGAGCACCAGGCACAGCAAUUUGGGAGGCCAGUCUAUUGAAAAUGCUCCACCACGAAAAUAUUAUUGCCCUUCAAAAAGUCAGAUACGAUCCUGGAAAACUGCAUAUACAACUUGAAUACGCUCGUUACAACUUGAAUUCCUAUAUGACAACACACCAACUCUCCUCAAACCAAUCUAGCGUUGAAAGUCUGGCUCGACAAUUUUUCAGGGGACUUGGCUACAUUCAUGGCAAAUCAAUCAUUCAUAGGGACUUGAAACCAGAAAACCUCCUAAUUACUGAAAAUGGAACCUUGAAAAUUGCCGACUUCGGAUUAGCUAGACAAGUUUGUCAGCCUGUUUCAACAUUCGGAACGCACGUUUCUACUCUGUGGUACAAAGCACCGGAACUCCUACUAGAAAUCAAUACAUACGGGAGUGAAAUAGAUAUUUGGAGUGCUGGAUGCAUUGUCUACGAAAUGAUGAAGGGCAGAGCUCUCUUUUGUGGAUUAAAUGACAUGAGCCAACUCAAGACAAUAUUUGAAGAUAUCGGAGUGCCUUCAAGUGUAUACUGGUCUGAACUACGUGUCAAUACCAAGUUUCAACUAAUUGAAUCAACACUUCGUCAGUUUGGUCCCCCGAUAACUGAUAUAAAUCCGGAAAUGCAUAAUAUACAGGCACGCUUGCUUCCAAAAUUUAAACGGAACCUGCACCGACAUUGGCUCAGUCGAAUGGACGCUUUCAAGCUUCUUGAAAUGUGUCUACAACCUCGUGGUUCCCGAAGGAUUACUGCACAGCGGGCGUUGAGUGAAAUGACAUUCUUGGACGGAAAUUCACCAACCAUAAGUGUAAGUAUUUAUAAAAAUCGAAGUGCCUUUAGGUUAAAGAUGCAGUUUACAAACUGA